AUGGCCCCUCCCAAAAGCGCCGCCUCUGCGCCCAGCGCGGCAUCCUCUGCGUCCGCGCAGAGCCCUCUCCUGACGCUCUGGAAGGCGUACUAUGACACAACCUCCACGCGCCUCAAGACUAUUGACGCGUUCCUGGUCUUCCUCAUGCUUUCCGGCAUCGUCCAAUUCCUCUACUGCAUCCUCAUCACCGACUUUCCUUUCAACGCAUUUUUGGCUGGUUUCGCGAGCUGUGUAGGGCAGUUCGUUCUGGCAGCCUCACUCCGUUCACAAGUAAACCCGGCCAACCGGUCAGAAUUCAAGGAGGUGUCACCAGAACGAGCUUUCGCCGACUUCGCGCUGGGCUCUAUCGUACUACACUUCUUUGUGUACAACUUCCUCGGUUGA